AUGCAAUGUCUGCAUUCCGUUCGAAAUCAGUUGCUGUCCAGCGCCGCAGUGAUCGAGAACUGGCAUUCUCUGAUCUACCGAGCUCGAUUGUAUUUGCGUUGUGAGAAACAGUUUUUGGCCGACAUGCUUAUCGAUCCAGAUUUUUAUUGUCCACGGAACCAGAAUCGCUUGUCCGGUCGAAUUUCCUCAUCUCAAAACGGAGCUCGGAUUUUGGAUUUACGCGCAAUCAUCUUCCCAAAUGCCACUGUCAUUCGUCACGCAGCUGCCAAUGCAGGAGGCACAACCAACUCCAGUUACAUCCCGACAAUUUUGGUCGGAACUUAA